CCACACCAUAGUGCCUUUAGAACUCACUAGCUACUCGAGUUUUCAAAUCAAGUUCUUUCAUAUCCAUUUUUCAUACAAAUAUUUGGUAAUCUACAGCCUCUUUAAGUCAUUAAUUAUGGCUAGCUCUGCAGUGACCAAGCUUGCUUUGGUGGUGGCCUUGAGCAUGGCGGUGAGCGUUGCUCAUGCCAUAACAUGUGGCCAAGUGACCAGCAGCCUUGCGCCAUGCAUUAACUACGCGAAGGGGGGCGGAGUUGUCCCUCCAGCUUGCUGCAAUGGAAUCAGAACCAUUAACGGCAUCGCCAGGACCACCGCUGACCGCCAGGCUGCUUGCAACUGCCUGAAGAAUCUUGCCGGCAGCAUCAGAGGUGUUAACCCUAACAAUGCAGCAGCGCUUCCUGGAAAGUGUGGAGUCAACGUCCCCUACAAGAUCAGCACCUCCACCAACUGCGCCACCGUGAAGUAAGCGAUGGGAGAUUAUCAAUUUCCGGCCGCAGAUAAUAUUUAGUGAAAAUAAAAUGUGCUUGUGCGGUCCGGCCACACGGGAUUCCUCAUGAGGGAAUCGUUUAAGUUGUUCUAGUACUACUUCUGUAUCAUCUACUAGGUCAUCAAUAUUAUAAUACUCGUCCAUGUUGAAUUAAUUAAUAAUAUUUAAGUUUAGGUAA